AUGAAGUCAUCAGAACACAGAUUUCAAACGCUAUUCGAGCCAUUCCGUAUCAAAUCAGUUGAGAGGAUACAACGUACCACGAGAGCUCAGCGGGUUCAGCGUCUAGAAGAGGCGAAUUUUAAUCCCUUCAUGUUGAAUUCUGAAGACAUCAUUAUCGAUCUGUUGACAGAUUCUGGUACGGGCGCCAUGAGCUCUGACCAGUGGGCUGCAGUCAUGAAGGGUGACGAGUCUUACGCGGGCUCACCAAGCUACCGGAAUUUUGAAGCAGUGGUGAAAGAAAUCUUUGGCUUCCGACACGUGAUCCCUACGCACCAGGGCCGCGCUGCCGAAAGGAUCUUAUUCCAGUGUAGUCUCAAAGAGGGGGAUGUCGUUCCAAACAACGCGCACUUUGAUACAACUCAGGCCAACGUAGAAAAACGGGGAGCCAAAGCGAUGAAUUUGCCAGUUUCCGAAGCCUUGGAUCCAGAGGUAAGUAUUCCAUUCGGUGGCGAUAUGGACAUCAACAAACUGAUAGAAUUGCUGUCGAGUGGAAUAAAAGAUAAGGUUACAUUGGUGAUGACAACCGUAACUAACAAUGCCACAGGUGGAAUGCCCGUCAGUAUGGAGAACAUAAGAAUGGUUUCCAAGAUUUGCCGCUCUCGAGGAAUCCCCUUCUUUCUUGACGCGUGCCGUUUUGCGGAAAAUGCUUGGUUCAUCAAAAUGUUUGAGAAAGGGUAUGCACAUCGCUCGCCGCUUCAAAUUGCACGCGAGAUGUUUUCGUACGCCGAUGGCUGUACCAUGUCUGCCAAGAAAGAUGGCCUCGUAAAUAUUGGAGGAUUUCUGGCCAUGAAUGAUGAGCAACUCGCUGACAAAUGCCGCCGGGAGUUGAUCAUAUCUGAGGGGUUUGUCACCUAUGGCGGGUUGGCCGGAAGAGAUCUCGAGGCGAUGGCCGUUGGAUUACGUGAGGGCCUAGAGGAAGACUAUCUUCAAUAUCGAGUUGGAUUUGUCAAAAUGCUGGCAGAUUUGCUGAGGGAAUAUCACAUCCCUGUGUUAACCCCACCAGGUGGACAUGCGGUCUACAUCGACGCAGCAGCUAUGUUGCCGCAUAUCCCCAGAGAUCAAUUCCCAGCUUGGGCUUUGGGAUGCGCAUUAUAUGUUGAAGGUAAAAUAACAUUAGCUAAUGACACAUAAAUUAUCAUUAGAUGGAGAGCGGUGGCGCCUAAGUGCAUUACUUGCAAGAACACUAGAAUGAAUCUAGUGCUGUUUUUUUUUUUUGUUUUUGUUUUUUUUUUAAAGAUUAAGUUGUUUCAAAAGAUAGCACAAAUACAGAACAAAACUACUCAAAGUCGCGAAUCUUGCUCGAGAUAUACUGUCGUGUCAGAGCGUUUUUCGAUUAAACUCGAAUGAACACCAAAGGAGAACAUAAGUUAAUACUGAAAAUUGCCAGUGAGACCUUGAAGUAAAAGAAAAAGUUCAAACUGCCUGAGGCGCGGUAAAACGGGAGAGACGAAUUUGAAGUUACUCCUGACACGAGAGCCAUUUGUCGAAAUGUCGAAGGUAACCCGGGAUUUCAAUGGUUUCCUUUACUUUGUGUCGUGAUUGGUUCGGAACCCGCGCCACACUCUCAGCCAGAUGUUCAAAGCACAAAAGACAUGAAGGAGAAAGUCAGCAAAUAUUGAUUGCGUUGUAUUUGAAAAGAAGCCAUUAUUGAUAUAUGUAUUUUUCAGGUGGUAUUCGUUGCGGUGAGCUGGGCGGUGUAAUGUUCGGUGGAGAUGAUAUAAGCUUGGAGAACGGUCACGAACAAGAAGAUGAAAAGAAGGAACUUCUUCGCCUUGCAAUUCCACGCAGGACAUAUACUGAGUCACACAUGAAGUACGUAUUUUCUACACUAUAGGUGAGGGGGGGACCUUUUAAUUUUUGCAGAGGGGGUGUGACGACAGCUUUCUAAUUUUUCGGCUAUUAUUAUUUAAAUUAUUAUCAUUUUUGUUGUUACUAUAAUUAUUACUUUAUUCCAGAGAAAAUUUCGGGCAAUCAACGCAGUCUUUUUAGCCCUCUAAACAUACUAUCAAACAAACAUAGUUCUCACAAAUCAUUUAAUCAUGGUAUAUUUACUGUAGGUAUAUCGCUGAAGUAUUGGAGUACGUUAGCAGACACAAAAACGAAGUCAGCGGAUAUAGAAUCACGUGGGCUCCUGCUGUAUUACGUCAUUUCAGUGCUCAUCUCGAACCCAUUUUCCUGCCAAACCAGGAACACGAGAACGGCAUUGGAAACGAGGGAAGAUAAUUUGGUGGAAUUCGCUACAUGUGAAUCACCAUUUCCUGUACUGCAAGGAGAAUGCUCGUAAACUCACUGACUGUUGUGAAAAGUAUCCACUGAAGGAUUAAUCUUUUCUUUUGAGGCACGUAUUACACUAAUUUUAUCACUAUCCUAAUAACCAGAAUGCGGGGGUUUGUCAAACACAAGAUUCAAAUAAAGUUUGAGGCCAUAAUUGUAUCCUGAUUCCUGGUCUUGAUAGAUGAUUUUUUUUUUUGGCUCUUUCCGGCCGCUUGUAAAAUUUCGUAAUAUUUUAAUUUUAAGUGCGUCAGAAUUCGUCGUAUUCGCCACAUAUGAGUGGCAAUACUCUGAAAACGGAGCCUUUGUAAGAAAACCUUGACUGAUAUAAUAAAACGAUACAGUUCGCGGGCAUGAAUAUCUUUUAGGCCCGACUCAGAGUUAUUUCAGCCCGAGCCGCUAGGCGAGAAUUGAAAUGACUCGGAGAAUGGCUUGAAACAGAUUUAUGCCCAAGAACAUAAACCCUUUUACCAUUAUUAUCAUUUUGGAGGGAAAAUGAGAAAAUAGAACCUGAUUAAUUACAACAAAACUGUCUGAAAAAUCACGCGGGCGUGCGAACAGGCAAAAAUAUAAUUUAGCCCGCCAUAAUCUCUAUCUUAGCCCGCAAAAUGCGCCACAGUUCCCGACAAAUUGAUUGAUGAUAAUUUUCAGCCUCCCAUAAUAUUUUAUUGCUUCACAAAUGAUCAAAAACUCGCUCUCAGGGCGAUUCUUCCCAUUCACAUUUAAAGGGAAAAGCACUGAGGAAAAGAGAUUGUAAAUGAAAGAUUUCUGAGGUGCUGCAUAAACGAGUUUUAUGAUCAACCAAUAUACGUAUAAGAGCAAAAAAUUUAUAUGCAAGUGAACUAUGUGCAAUAAAAAUAUUCUCUUUCGGGAUUUGAAAACAUCUGCUCUUGAUAUGAGACUUAAAUAACACUUUGUCUGCAUGCUGAAAAAAUAUUGGCAAAUGAAACUCAAAUAUGACGACAUUGGCGGAAUUGAUCAAAAAGAUCAUUUGAUCUACGUUGUGUAAUUUCCGAUGGUUAAGUUUGUUUAUGGCGUCGCCUCUUCCCCCUUUACACGCAUCUUAGAUUGUGUAACAUUUGGACAAGAAAUGCGCCUUUAUGUCAAUGGAAGUAUUUAAGAAUGCGAUGGCACUGGAGGAAAAAAUCUUCUCAGAGAACCUAGGAUACGUCGCUUUGCUUCUCCGGCAGAUUCAGUCUUGCACAAAAAAAACUCCUCCCAAGUAUUGUUGCGUUGGUAAUUGCAACUUUUCAAGGUAAAAAGUCGCUAUUUCAUAGAUCACUUUUUUCCGGCUAAAAACAGUGACUGAUCGUGAAACUUAAGUGACACAUGUAAUUUUUUGUGUCAGCAUUUUACUUUACGUGAGAGACUAUAUUCUAAAAUGUACAAUUUAGAUCGGUUUGAGUGUUUGCGGCCUGCUUAUCGGAGCUCAUUUAUCAAUCAUGAGUGCUUAUCAUUCAGUUUCACCCCUGUAUUUUUAGGCCGUGCACCAUAUUCUCGAUUACGUUUUAAGGCAAUUUUAAAAACUUUGAUUGAUUUGAGGCUUCGUUUGCUAAUUUUUGCCGUUUCGUAUUAGUGAAAUGUUUUCGAUCUGAUUGUUAACACAUUACACCUUAACAUUAGCAUUCAUAUUCUCCUCACUGUUCUCUUUACAUUUAUUGUGACACUGAUUAGUAAAAUUUUCUUGAGCUAUCAGGACCUUUUUAAAUUGGUGAUUGUUUCCUUCAUUCUCAUGACCUUUAUAAUUGAUUCAGGGGCUUUAUUGUAAGGAGAAAUUAGAAGCCAGACAUUCUUAGGGGUUAAAACAAGAAUAAAAUGAUAUAAAGGAAUUGAAAUACAUUUUGUUAUCUGUAAGAGGGGCUAAAACUCGGUUUUCCUAAUUUUUCUAUGAACUUAAGGUGGAACUCUACCUCAACAAAAAGCUUACAUAGAUUGUGCGAUUGUACACACUUUGGAAUUUGUUAUCCGUUGGUUAUCUCAUGGAAUUUUUCUCCGUGCUUUAACAAGUUAUUUGACAUGUUACUCUUGAAAAUUGUCGUGAAAUUAAAUUGAAAGCAGAAGUAAAUAACUAAACGGUGUAUCAUUGCAACGUUUCUCUUACUUAAUUUGGUUCGAUCUGUUCCUCUGAUCUCUCAACACGUUACGAUAAAACGAUCUACUGAGAAGUUUCGAGAGACAAGUUUGUUCUGUCAAACAGUUAUCAGUUUCUCCAACUUAGUGGUGUUUGAAAUUAUGUCUUUUCACAGGAUUCUUCCGGGACAAUUGUAAAUAAAAAGAAGUAAAACAUCCGUUGAAAAUGCGAGAACUCAUUUCAAAGGCUGAAGGGCUCAAGGUUUUCCGCUCUAACGAAGAUUGUGCUCAUGGAAGAGCGAUCACAAAAGUAAAUCUUUCAUCCAUGUUAGCUGUUGUAACCAGUUACAUUAAAUAUAUAUCUAAAACAAGAAUUUAUCACUUCCAUAAUAUGUUAUGGAUUUUUUCGGUUUUGGUUAUUGAUAUUCUGCGUAUCAAAGUCUAAUUUUCAAAUUUUGUCAUAUUUUUAAUCAUCAGCUUAUCAACAUCGUUUUUAGUUCGAGACAAUAACUUUUUACGAAGGCAUGAUGUGUUUGCUGUAAAAAACACUAUAUUGGAAAUUUCAAGAGCAAACGCUUCAUUUUGUAAAUAGCCCUUUUGGGUAAACGGAAGCAAACAAAUGUUCUUGUCCAGAGUAAUUACAAUGGCUAGAAACCGGAAAAUGUCCCUUUUAAAUGACUAAGAGUUGGACGUUUAAGGGUUUUCUUCGGUGAAAGGAGCAGAUAUCGGAAAUGGCAAAUAGAUGCAACUAAUUCUAUUUCUUCCAUUCGCUUAGGUAAAACGGUUUUUUUAUUCUCUUUUUCUUAAUCAAAAUAACCAAAAUAGUUAUUACCAAAUGGUAGAGUUCAGAGUAUCAAAUGCGGAACAGAUAAAAGAAAUUUCAAAUUCAAAACAAAAUAACUUACUUCUAAUUUUUUUCGAGAGACAAAAAUACCUUUCUCGGCAUACACGGGGUUAUUCCUAAAGGCAAAUCCAACAACCGUAUUAGUAAUUUCUUUAUUAAAAGUGACCCACUAAUCCGUUCUGUCUUUUUCUCAUUUUAUAAUUUACAAUAACAAUUUUUCUGUGUCAUUAUGUAACUAUAAAUGUACUUACGGUAACUUUUGAUCAUGUUAUAAACCUUAUCAGAUUUCGAAGACUGGCCCGCUUAGAUUGGCGUGCAGACUAGCUGCCCUUUCAUAUUAAGAAUGACAAAAAAUAUGAAAUGUUGUCGUUGUGACUGUACUUUUUCCCUUCCCUAAUAGGAUUCAGAACCGAUGGAUUUGAAAGAACAUAGUUUUCAAACUUUCUUCGAGCCUUUUCGUAUCAAAUCAGUUGAGAAGAUACAACGUACCACAAGAGCUCAACGGGUUCAGCGUCUAGAAGAGGCGAAUUUUAAUCCCUUCAUGUUGAACUCUGAAGAUAUCACUAUCGAUCUGUUGACAGAUUCUGGUACGGGCGCCAUGAGCUCUGACCAGUGGGCCGCUGUCAUGAAGGGUGACGAGUCUUACGCGGGCUCACCAAGCUACCGGAAUUUUGAAGCAGUGGUGAAAGAAAUCUUCGGCUUCCGCCACGUGAUCCCUACGCACCAGGGCCGCGCUGCCGAGAGGAUCUUAUUCCAGUGUAGUCUCAAAGAAGGGGAUGUUGUUCCAAACAACGCACAUUUUGACACAACACAGGCCAACGUAGAAAAGUGUGGAGCCAAGGCAUUAAAUUUGCCAGUCCCCGAGGCCCUAGAUGCUAAGAUUAAAGUUCCUUUCAGGGGAAACAUGGACGUCAACAAACUAAAAGAGUUAUUGUCGGGGGAAAUGAAAGAAAGCGUUGCUAUGGUAAUGAUUACAAUUACAAACAACGCCAUUGGUGGAGAGCCUGUCAGUAUGGAGAAUAUCAAAGCGGUUUCCAAGAUCUGCCACUUGCACGGAAUCCCGUUUUUCCUCGACGCCUGCCGUUUUGCGGAAAACGCGUGGUUCAUCAAAACGCGUGAAGAGGCUUAUACAUAUCGCACGCCGCUCCAGAUAGCACGUGAGAUGUUUUCCUAUGCUGAUGGCUGUACCAUGUCUGCUAAGAAAGAUGGUCUCGUAAAUAUUGGGGGAUUUCUGGCCAUGAAUGACGAGCAUCUUGCUGACAAGUGCCGCCGGGAGUUGAUCAUAUCUGAAGGGUUUCUCACUUAUGGCGGGUUGGCGGGGAGAGACCUGGAAGCGAUGGCUGUAGGAUUGCGUGAGGUUCUGGAGGAAGACUACCUUCGGUAUCAAGUUGGAUUUGUCAAAAUGUUGGCAGAUUUACUGAAGGAACAUCACAUUCCUGUGUUAACCCCACCAGGUGGUCAUGCGGUCUACAUCGACGCAGCAGCUAUGUUGCCGCAUAUCCCCAGAGAGCAGUUCCCAGCUUGGGCUUUGGGCUGCGCUUUAUAUGUGGAAGGCAAGUCAGAGUCUGUGUUACUGGGUAUAAGCCGGUGGGAUCUUUGUUUUUAUUGAACUCAUCUCGUUGCCUGGUGUACGUCUUCUACUUGCCACGAAAUGCGCGGUCAUCUUUGAGAAAUCUCAGAGCCCACGGGGAAGAUCCAGGGCAUCAGCCAUUGCUUAUCACUUGGAAAGAGUUGGCGUUGGGGGGUCUGAGGAUUUUGGUUCUCCUGAUUACUACCUUAAAGCUCUGUAACAUUCUUAUGCCCUUCCCCCCCUUAAUUGGCAUUCAUUUUCUAUAGUCUCCCACUAUGCUCUGCUGGCGACGACUGAUGCCCCCCCGUUCCCCCUUAAAACCGUGUGAGCCCCCCUCCACCCCCUCUCCAGGCAAUAAAUAAGGACUGGUCCCUGGUUACUUUUUAAUCCCAUUAUGAUGAGAAACGUGUACGCAUUUGUAUCAGUAACCGCGGAAUGAUGUAACACACUAAUCAUGCGUUCACUCACCAAGGAUAAUAUUCCAUUUCAAAUCGGUAGUAGUCUGGGCAAAGCAAGGCGUUCUGUUCUGUUCUGCCAGAAACCAACAGCGGAAAGGCGCACGGAUUAAUUUUUUCCUUUCCCCAUGAAUUCCACCGCCCGCGGAAACGCCUGGUAACAGACUAGACAUAGCUCUCGAACUUACCUUAUUUGUUUUACUUCUUAGGGGGAAUCCGAUGUGGUGAGUUAGGUGGUGUGAUGCAUGGAAAAGAUCCUAAGAUCAUAGAAAAUGACCAUGAAUUAGAAGACGACGAAAGUGGAGAACUUCUACGCCUUGCCAUACCACGAAGGACAUAUACUGAGUCACACAUGAAGUAAGUACCGAAUAAGUGUUUGUACAUACAUAGUUUGAGAGCGCUAGGAUUCCUAACCGUGAGUCAAAUUUUGAUUACGAUUUUGUCCAUUUUAUAGGUACGUCGCCGAAGUAUUGCAGUAUGUUUACAGACACAAAAGAAAGGUUAACGGAUACAGAAUCACCUGGGCACCGACUGUACUGCGCCAUUUCAGCGCUCACCUGGAACCCAUUCCUCCAUCAGCCAAGAAAGAAGACGGGCCUGAGGAGGAUGAGGUCGAUGACAUGGAGGAAUUCAUAUCACGUGUGCGUGGAAUGUCACUUCGUCGACACUCCUACCAGUUUUUGUAACUCUAGUAAACUCGUCGCAGCUUGACAUGCUCUGACGAAGGGCUAACCCUCGAAACGUCACUCUUCACGGUGGCAAAAUUUUACAACAAUAACUCAAUUAAUAAAACUUGAUUAUCUUGUUGUACGCCCCGCCCACGCAGAUAUCAACCUCGUUCCUUUUUGCAUUUGAAUGGACCUUGGCUUCGUCUCAGCCCAUAAAAAAUGUAAUAUCCAGUCAUCUUGUCCUCGCUCUCGGUCAAUCGCAUAUUUAUAUUGUAAAAUUUGUUUUAGGAUUGUGUUCAACCAGAUAUCGCAAUCGGUUGGUUAAUUAAAGAUACUGAGCCCAAUUACGGUUGUUCCUGUUCAAUCCAUUAGUUAGAGCGCAUUUCAAUUGCAAGUCGUAACCCAACGAAAUCACAAUGGCCAAUCAGAGAAAGGAAAAUGCUCUUAAGAUAAUGGGAACUUAAAGUAAUGCGUGGCAAAACGCGGGCGUCCA